GCUUCCUCUCGAGGGACGAAUGGCUGUCUCAUACUCACGCAGAGUCUAUUGCUGAGACAGAUGGAACCCGUGCUACAGCAUGGACUGUGUAAAUUCGAGGCACAGGGAACAGCUCCUUGAGCGAUGGAGCCAUCAGGGAAGUGACAGGAACUGGCAGUAGCAAGAGCAGCAAAAAGAAGAGGUUUUGUGUCAUGCUGGCGAUAGUAUCAACUUACAUUAGUUAUUUAUUACGAGGGCUCACUAUUAAUAUCAACAACACAAAGAAAUAUUCGAUAACGUCCAUCGAAGCUUCGACCCACGAGCUUCCUUUGUUGGUCACUGCCCUUUCAUUUCAGCGUUUCCAGAUACAUCAAUGGGAGGACGACAGUGAAUACACACAGACAGACACAGACAGACAGAGCACGCUGAAUUCGAUAUAUAUUGAAGAGGAAUUAAGAUUAUUUUAUUAUUAUACCGGGGACCAUAUAGCGGGAUUUGGGGGGGUUUCUCUAUCCUCAGCUACACCCCGCAUCUUGGUUCGGAUCGCAUUUAUCUAUCUGGACGAGGGACUGUGGACCGGCAACGGGGUGUCUGAUGUUGUCGAGAAGCUGCACGCCCAUGGCUGGUCCUUUGGUGAGGGCAAGUUACGCUUCAAUUGUUCCCUGGGUAUGUUCUACCUCGCACAGCUAGCAGCAGCCAUCUACCGCUAUUCCUCCCAACUGGAAGGUGACUUCCCCUCCUCUGAUUUCCCUACCUAUACAGCCCACCACGCCCUCUUACACUCCUCCGUCUGGCGCUCCUACUACUCCCUCCCCUUCCUCACCCAGCACACCACCGCGCGCUUCUACCGCCUGCCCGACCUCCAGGACCUCCCUGACUCCUCCCCGCUAUGCCAGCCGCGCCACCGUCCAGUAUCCACAAACAUCCUGAAACUCCCCCGCUGGGCCUACCCGAUUGAGUGCACGCGCCGCCGGCAGCCCUUUCUACCAUUUGCGACUCUUACUGCAGUCGCCCUCAGCACGCUGGAGACAACCAUGGCCCGCCUGCACACGGCCUACCCCAGCGCACCACCCUAUUCAGAAUCACAUGCGCGCUUCUGGCUUGACUAUUUUACUCCCAAUCCAUCUCGUCUGGCUACGGUAACUCCCCAGGAAGGGCCCAAUCGCUUUGGGGUAUUAGUCGCGCAGGGAAUGUAUGAUAUACAUGGGUUGGAAGCAGAGUACCUCGCACAGGUAUCAGAGGGAGAGGGUGCCGAGGGAGCGGGCGAGUCAGAGCCGGUGAUGUGGUGUGGGUUGCCGGAUGAUGCAGAGGAGAGGGAGGCGGGCCAGGGAGGCUGUGGGAACCAUGGAGCCGUAUGUACGCGCAUGGCAGGGCAUGUGGCCUGGUGUAGAGGAGAGGGGGAAGAUGCUGCGGCAGAUCCUGGUGGAGAAUGCGCAGCUCUUUGCACGCUGGAGUCAUUGAAGCAGUUCAUGUUUGACAAUUUCUCAAGCCGCGCGAUCUGA